CGAAAGAGAAAGGUCGGCGUGCCUAUGAACGUCGCCUUAAGAGAAUAUUCAUAAUUAAAAAAAAUCCUGAAAGCAGAUGUUGUGUCUUUAAUGCUUCCCGGAUAGAUGAAAAGCUGGUUUUCCUGAGGACGUGUUUUACAAGCUGCUGCUCGACGUCGAAAUUUGCAAACCUGGAAGCAACUAAACCUCCACAGCUCCCAUUGCCUCCCCUUCAGGGGGGAUGCUUUUGAAAAAAGGACGUACUGAAGCUUCUGAAAGUAGUGCUCAAAAUAUUGUAGCCUAUUCUUAACAUAACUUGCCACCGGAGCUAAGGCCUGAACAAAACCAGGUUCAAGCUGCCUGCACAGGUGAAGUUCCCCAUUCCAAAAGCAAGGAGCAGACAUGGAGAAGGGUUUAGAGGGCUCAGGGAAAGUCCCACGCAUCGUCCAGGUGAUGUACUUCAAGGGGCUGCCGAGGCAGGUCAGCCAGCAGACAGAUAUGGGGCUGCCCCAGCAGUGGGAAGCCCAGUGGCAAGAAUUUCUGAAGGUGCUGCAGCCUGCUCACAUGGGAUGGGGGAACCCACAGCUGACGGAUCCGGUUCCGUGGGACGACGCUAAGAGCUUCCUGGCUGCCUUUGAGCAAGUUGCUGAAGCCUGCCGGUGGCCAAGAGAAGAGUGGGUGGGACGCCUCCUGCCCGCCCUGAGAGGAGGAGUGGAACAAUACUUUUGCAGGCUGGAUGCCAGGGAGAGGGGAGACUACUUGAAGGUGAAGGCCGCCAUCUUGCGAGGGGACGCCAUCCGAGCGGAGUUGAAACGGCAGCACUUCCGGCAAUGCUCUUACCAGGAGCUGGAAGGGCCGCGGAGGAUUUACGGCACGCUCCAGGAACUCUGUCGGCAGUGGCUGAAGCCGGAGAAGCACACCAAGGAGCAGAUUCUGGAGCUUAUCAUCCAAGAGCAACUUCUCGCCAUGCUGCCACCAGAGGUCCAAACCUGGGUGCAGGAAUGUGGGCCAGAGAACUGCGUUGAGAUGGUGGCCUUGGCAGAGGAUUUUCUGAUGGGGCGUCGGCGUCAUCCGGCCAGGAGAUGGGAUUGGCAGGGACCGAGUGCAAGUUCCAUGGAGGCAGAUGGGCCUCAGCAACAACGCUACGCCAAUCGGAACAGCGAUAGGGAACUCAGUUUGAUGGCCAACGAAAGGAACUCUGGUUUGGCGUUUCCUCCUGAGGGACAGGAAGUGGCUGGGGCUGGGCCAACUGAGGAGCCUGUGGAUAUGAAAGAUGUGCUGAACCUCGAUCAAAAACCCCACGUACCCUGGGAAGUCAUGCGGGAGAAUGGUGGCAGUAGCAGUGCUCUGGAAGGGCUACUGAUUCCCACACCUCAGACCAUCUCCCAGUUUGAACAACAGGAAGCCAUCUAUGCCCAGAGACCUGAGUAUGGGGAGACAACACCCAGCAGCUUCUUGGGCGGUAGAAUUCUGAGUGAGAUCAAAACCGAGACCUCAGAGGCAGAAGACACAUUUGAGGCGUUACCGGCAGUAUCCCCAGAUCCGGGGUCUUUGAAUCUUGAGAGUCGCGAGCUCAGUCCUGGAGGAAAUUUUCGUCUGAGGACACCGCAAGGGGAAAAGCUGGAGAAAUCCACUCCACCCCGGGGAAAAACCGUGAAAAAGAAAGGCAAAAAUUAUCCAGCAGAGAAAAAACACAUUUGCUCUGAAUGUGGGCACAAAGCCUAUUACUUGUCAGAUCUGCUAAGGCACAUGAAAGUCCACUCGAAAAACCGGUACAAGUGCCUUGAAUGUGGGAAAAUGUACAAAGAGAAAUCAAGUUUUGAGAACCACAAGAAAAUCCACCUGCCCCCAGGCAAUCCCAGCAGCAGGAAGACAAGACUGGAAACGAGAAGCUUAGGUGGUGCUGAUGGGCCAAGUCAGAGCAAUAACAAUUCUUUGCAGCUGCAAAGGGAGUCCGCAGACGUCGCUUCGGAGACUAGUUCCGUGUCGAGACUCCGCCCAAGAGCAACUCAAGGGCUGGGGGUGCCGGGGAUUAAAACCCUCAGGGUGGUGCUCACGAAACUUGUGGGCUCUCGGAAAGGCAACCACCACAAAUGCUCUGAAUGUGCGUUCACAUCUGAAUGGCUUUCCGAGGUGGUUAGACACAUGAGGAUCCAUACAGGAGAGAGACCCUACAAAUGCCCUGAAUGUGGCAAAGCCUACAGGUGGUCCUCAAACCUUCGUCAACACCGGAAAAAUAAUGUGUGCUCUGGUAAGAGGCCUGACCCUGAAGCUUCCAUUGUUGAGCCUCAGAUGACACACACAGGUGAGGAAAAGCCGCAAACAAUGAAUUCUCUGCAGGAAACGAUAAAAUUGGAAGACAUGCAUGGCGAAUCCCCUGCAGCAUCCCUACACACCGUCUUGUUGAGCCGUGAGACUUGUGAGAAUCGGCCCACUUCAUGGGAGCACCAGGGACAAGGCAAAGGAAGCUCCCAUCCACGUGGGAGAGCAGCUGCAAAGAAAUCCACCAAGUUCCAGGAAAAGAAAGAUCACAGCUGCUCACAAUGUGGGUACACAUCCAAAAGGUUAUCGGAUGUUAUUCUUCAUAAACGAAUCCAUACAGGAGAGAGGCCUUACGAAUGCCUUGUCUGUGGGAAAACCUUCAGGUGGCUGUCAAACAUCAGGAAACACCAGCAGACCCACGCAUCCCACCAGCAGGCUCCCGUUCCCGAGAACUCUGUUGUUCCCGCUCCUUCCGUUGCAGAAUGUGAUGUCACGCUAAGCGAUGAUGAGGAGUUAAUUAACAUCCUGGCAAAGAAUCCUCAGCGGGGAGGGGCUAAAUUGGAAGACCGGCUCAGGAUGGCGCCAAGAGAAUCCCCAGCUGUAGCUUCCCUGAGUCCUGGGAUCAGGGCUAUAUCCAAGCCACGUCCAGGAAGAUCUGCUCGGCUUCAGAGAAAUGCUGCGGCGGCGAAGAGAAGCAGAUACGCUCAGCAGGAGAGAAAACAUGAGUGUCCCGACUGCGGGCACAGAACCUUCUACCUGUCUGAUCUGCUGAGGCACCAGAGAACCCACACGGGCGAGAGGCCCUACAGAUGCCGUGACUGCGGGAAAACCUUCUCUCAGAAAUCCACCCUCACCAGUCACCUGAAAACCCACAUGUCCAACGGUGGUCCCAGCAGCCAGCAAAGGCCCAUGAAAAGGAAAACGAGCCGUCAAGGAGCGAGAAAGUACACGUGUUCCAAAUGUGGACAUAAGACCUAUAAAUUAUCGACCCUCCUUGUACAUAUGAAAGUCCACGUGGGAGAAAAACCUUUUAAAUGCCUUGAAUGCGGACAAACAUUCAGUUGGAAUUCGAAUCUUUCUAGACACAAGAGAAUCCACCUGUCCAGCAGCAGGGACGAGAACAGAAAAGUAUCUCUUUCCAAGCAUCCGAAAAAGAGAGGUGAUAGAAAGCCAAGAAAGAUGACAGACGCGGAUCCUCUGCUAAAGAGAAUGGGUGAUACAUCACCACCAACCACCUGUGUGGAUUCUUCCACUUUGGCUGUGAUGCGUGAGCGAUGGUGCUAUAACAAACAGCAGCAAACAGAGAAAGCAGAAGAAGAAUCCAGAGCACCUGCUGAAGGCCACGAUGGAUCCGUCGCAGAGGCAAAGGAUAACCUAGAAGGAAAGGAAGCAGCAGUACGGGCCAGGCUGGAAAAGUUUGCAUAUUCCAAAGGUGGGGAGGCGGAUGACUGCCAGACAGAGCUUUUUACCGGUCAGACUGCUGAGGGCCAAGAGAAGCUCUCUUACGAAUGCCCCGAGUGUGGGAAAUCCUUCAGGGCCAAACACCUACUGCUUGACCAUCAGAAUAGCCACACGGAGAAACAGUACGAACGCGGGAAAUCCUUUCCUUGUGAGAACAAGUUGAUGACUCAUCAGAUCGCCCAUACAGGAGUGAAACCAUUUCUUUGCGCUGAAUGUGGGGAGGAUUUCUAUUGGGAAGAUGCCCUGAUGAGCCAUAUGAAAACGCAUGGCUUCCAGCCUGCGCAUGAAUGUUCUGAGUGUGGUCAAAGCUUUGACCAGAGGGAUCAGCUGGUGAGGCAUCAGAGGAGUCACGCGGGAUCCUUAGAAGAGGCCGUGGUGGCAGAAGGCAUUGGCUCACCCACCCAGGAAAUAGGGAAUGUGAGCGGGCAGAGGCCCACAUGAAUUUCGCAGUUCUGUUGGUUUUUCUGCCUUUCUCCCCUUCUGUGUCUCUCACCCUGUGCCCGCUCACGCUCUUCUCUCCCAUCUUUCACACAUGUAUUCUAAAAGUUAACCAGCACUUCAAGAGUGCUGCCCUCUCUUUUCUCUUCCGAAAGACUCCUUUCCGACUUCUGAACCAACCACUUGUAAACUGUCUGUUACAGCAGCUUGGUUUGCAGCGGUGAGAAGCUGCCUCCACCUCAUGAGAAGGUUCAGCUGCUUGCUUGUGCAGAUCAAAACUCUGAUAAAGUUGCAGGAUCAAGGCAGACUUUUUUUUUUCCUAGCCAGUUGGCUCUACCAAUUUCUCAUGAAUCUGUUUGCACCUUAGGGGUGUGCGUGCUGGCAGGCUUUUGAGCAUUUAGGAUGUUCUCAGACAUUCUAGAAUUCCGCAGCAUUGCACUCAUGCCUAGGAAGAGAUCCUUUCAGUUCAGCCACCUGAAAACAGAGCUCUUCAUAGCCGGUAGUUGCAGACAUUUCAAAGACUGUGUCCUGCGUCUCCCCCCCCCCCUUUUCCUCUCACCCCUUUUGUCUUGUACCUUUAGCUUGGUAUCGCACCUGAUUUUCUCCAGCCACAGUUAGUGCUUUAAACUAUAACCCCAAACUGGCUUUGACUUCAUAAGCAGAUUUAGAGGUGCUCUGAAGACAGAGCAAUCUUAAGUCAGGAAGAAGACGUCAGGGAAUUCAUAUGGAGGAAAAAAAACCUGUUAACGGGUAGUCAUUCAGACAUAAAAAGAACGAGUAGUCAUUCAGACAUAAAAAGAAGGCAGAGAACCUGUGUUUGGAAAGCCCAUUACCUCUCAUUGCACAUAAAGGAAUCCAUGUGACAAAGAGUGUAUGGAGGAUGACCAUAUGGAAAGCAGGGCUCUUUAGCAGUUGCAUUGAAAAGGGAAUUUCAUAGAAUAGUAGGAUUGGAAGGGGCCUAUAAGGCCAUCUAGUCCAAACCCCUGCAGUUAAAGCUGCAGGAGCCCUGCCCUCUUUUGUAUCUGGACAUGUUAGGCAGGGCUCCUUUAGCUUUAACUGUGGUGAUGAAGUGGGAAUGUCACCAGGUGCUGUAUGCCUACAAAUGACACCUGCUGAAAUUCCCUUUUCAGUACAACUGUUAAAGAGACAGGAGCCUUGUCCUUUCCAUGUGGUCACCCUACCUUAUGAAUCAUAAUGUCUGUUCUGAUCAUGUGUGGAUUCCCUGGUGUCUUAAUGCCACGAACAUGUGCAAUGCUAUUCCAUUUCUUAUCAGGUGGGUGGGAAAGCCAUCUCAAAUCUAGGCUUCCCCAUCCCCACUUUUUAAAACUCUAAUUUUAAUCCAGUUACAAACAAGGGGGAACACUAGUCCCCCCCCCAAAUAUGAAAUUUUAAAAGAGGGAAAGGUGGGUGGGGUUGUGGUAUUUCAGGCACAUGAAAUGGUAAAAGAAAUAGUGUAUAUUAAACUUAUGACUAUUGAGCAGAAGUCUGAAACGUUGAGCAGAUAACCUGGUAUUUGUCCACUUCAAGCUUGCAUCGAUACAUAUUCUCAAAUUUAAUUAAGGCUAAUUUAAGCUUGCUCUGCAUUGUCCCACCUACUGCCUGAUCCUAAGGAAGCUUACUCAAAAAGGAAGUCCCAAGUUCAUUUGAAACUUGCCUCAUUUCAUGUACUACUUAAACUCAGUGGGACUUGAGUAAGCAUGGAUAGGACUGGAUAACAUAAAACAACCAUUUCAGUCUCCAAAUGGAAUGAGGUAGCAAAUUAAGAACUCGAGACAUUUCUACAGUACCCUCCAACCCUUCUUAGGACUGGCAAGCAUUCAAAUUGAGGUUGCCAAGUUUUUUUUAAUUAGGACCCACACCUCUGCCUGCAAUUUCAGCAGAUACUAGCAGAUGAUGGAACAAUCCUUAUUUCCCAUGAUGUGAAAAAUUCCACAUGAAUUGCAUGCAUCAAGAUGGAUUAAACGCCUAAGGGCAAACCAGGUACAGUGUGUUCCCCUCCGCUGGCACCCAGAGAAUGACAACUGGAAAGGUGAGAAGAGACAAUUACGGGAAGGCUUGAGAGCAAGUCUUAAAAUAUCUGGUGGGUUGUCAUCAGAUGGAGCAGAUGUGUUCUCUCUUGUUCCAGAGGGCAGGGCUGGAACCAAUGGGUGGAAAUGGCAGAGAAUGUAGGCUAAGCAUCAAGAGAAACUGCAGUGCUGGGGGUAUUUAAGCUGAGCUGGCCUUUAUCAGGGAAGCUCUAGUUGAAACCUGAUGAAGAUUUAAUUCACAUAACAUCGGGGUGCUUAAUAAGCCAUAUUGACAUUAACCAGCCUACACAUGUUGAUUGCAAUCCUGGUUUACAAUAUAUCCUCACUGGGUUCAGCUUGUAACAUUCAAAUAUGGCAGGGUGGUGGUAACGAACCACUCAGAACUC